GUGGAGGCCCCAACGCGGUCGGUUCGAAAGACGCGGUUCUUACUUCUCAACCGAGGCUAAACCGUGUGUGUUGAUCGGUGUUCCGUGCGUGAAAAUACGAAUUUUCUCUCGCUUUAGAGUUUCCGAAAGGAAAUGGACCUCGAAUUGACAUUUGUGAAUUGUGUCUGCUGGUGGUGUCCCAAGUGGAUUUUUAUCGGGGAUAUACGCGUCUUGUGAAAAAUUUGGACACCAUGUAGAUCGCCCAUCCCCUAUAAUAAAGAAACAGCGCCAUGGCGACGCCGGUUGUUUCGUUGCAUCCCUUACCGAUAUCGAUAGCAACCCCCUCGAGGGACUCUAUGACAUUUACCAGCACAAAAGGUUUGCUAAAUGGGCCAGGACAGAAUAAUUGUUUCCUCAACAGUGCUGUACAGGUGUUAUGGCAUCUGGACAUCUUCCGGCGCAGUUUCCGGGACCUUUCCGGGCACGCUUGCAUGGCAGACUCCUGCAUCUUCUGCGCUCUUAAGGAGCUUUUUUCUCAACUCCAGUUCUCCAAUGAAACCGCGCUUCCUCCAGACGCCUUGCGGCGUGCCCUUGCCGAAAGUUUCUUCGACCAACAGCGGUUCCAGUUGGGUUUUAUGGACGAUGCGGCAGAAUGUUUCGAGAAUAUGCUGCUCAGAAUCCACAUGCACAUCGCCCAAGGCGAAGCCGAGGAUAUGUGUAAUGCCCGCCAUUGCAUACCCCAUCAGAAAUUUGCCAUGACACUAGUGGAACAAAGCGUUUGCAACUCGUGUGGGGCCACUUCAGAGCCCCUGUCUUAUACGCAGAUGGUGCAUUACGUUUCCACUUCCACCCUUGUCUACCAAGUGCGCACGACCCGUCCCCAAGGUAUAAUCGAGCCAUUUGGUCAACUCCUUCGCAAAGCCGGAAGCAUGGGCGACGUCCGCGUCUGUCCGAGUAACUGCGGCGCCGUCAUUCAAAUCACACGUACCUUGAUGAACCGUCCCGAAAUCGUUUCUGUGGGCUUAGUGUGGAAUUCGGAACGUCCUACUCUCGAACACAUAAUGGAGGUUUUUUCAUCCAUUGGUACCACGUUGCGUCUUAGCGAAGUCUUCAACACCGUGGUGGAUAGUCGAUGGGCCGAAACGUGCAUUCAUAAUCUAGUCGGAGUGGUGACUUACUACGGCAAACACUACUCGACUUUUUUCUUUCAUACGAAGCUACGCGUAUGGAUUUAUUUUGAUGAUGCUACGGUACGAGAAGUGGGACCACGGUGGGACCAAGUCGUCGAAAAGUGUAGGAAAGGGAGGUACCAACCUCUUCUUCUACUGUAUGCUUUGCCGGAUGGCACACCCGUAAAUACCGACAAUGCACCUAAGCAAGUGGUACCGUUUUAUGACAAAAAGAAAAGUGGUACCCCUUCACAGGCGGUUCUGCGGAGGUCGGUUACGCCUAGUCCUGAGAAACCCAACAUCGGGAAUACACGACGGGCGAUUACUCCAAACCCAGAUGGUACGGGAAGUACGAACCAGAAGCCGCCGCUGCCACGGCCCUACAACGAGUACCAAAAUCUGUCCGUCAUACAAAGCAAUCUUUAUCGUGGGGUUGACGUAGUAGAUGGCGACAUUCCGCCACGCAAAGACCCCGAAUACAUCACCAGGAAGUCGCUGGAACAGAAACCUUUAAACAUCCACAGGACUCUAAGUAAUGGUUCUUCAUCCGGUACCGAGGGUCUCUUUCGUGACUACCCCAACAUUCCCAGAACUCGCGAUUCUGGCAACUGGAGCAGUGACCGCAACAGCGCUUCGUCGUCGUCGUCCACAACCAUGGAGAAUCCUUAUUUGUAUCUAGUUGGAAAAGUUCCCCAAGACCCAACGACGGUCCCUCCACGCAACGAAUCCUCCAGUAGUAACAGCAGCGGUGUUUACGACGUAGGGUACGAUUCGUACUCGCUUUCAUCUAACGAUAGUUCCACGAUGACCACCAUCCAGCAUCUCAUGAAAAUGGGACAUUUGGCCAAAAUUCCAGAAGAUUACAACCAGAGCCAAAUUUCCCAAAGUUGCGACGUCUUGUGUGACGAAGCUGACGAGCUUUUGGUCAAAUCGAGACAACUGGAAGACGACCAUGAUCUCGUCCUAGCACUCGCUUUAUGUAACGCUGCCGCUACGAAGGCCCGUGCUGCAAUGGACGCCCCUUACAACAACCCCCAGACGUUGACUUUGGCACGUAUGAAACACAACACGUGUAUUAUGCGGGCUCGAAGUCUGCACCGACGGAUGACACAAAACUCCCAAAACGUGUCCAAAGACGUCCCGGAAAUCAGGCACACGAGAGAAGGGAGCAGUGGGAGUGGAGGAAAGCAUUCCCGACAAGGAUCUAGAGAGAAAGGAGUUCACUCCAGACAGAACAGUAAAGAAUUGUUGGCUCCUCCUCCAGACAAACCUCCCAGUAAAAACAUAGAAAUCUACGCAACCCUCCCGAAGAAAAAAGACAGCUUGAAAAAAAUCGUGAAUAUCGACGAAGACGAAGACUAUGUUCUCUACGAUAAACCCCCGGGUCGCGAAUCUCGAAGUAUCUUCUCUCGUUCGAAAAACAAAGAGGUGAAAGUCCGCGAAAAACGCUCCCGGAGUGAAGACCGCAACAAAAUCACACGAGAUUUUUCAAUUGCGCCGGAAAUCGUAGCCGGGAAAGACACUCUUAAGAAAGAAAAGAGUAAAGACGACACCAAAUCAAAGAAGCAGCACAAGAUCCGACGCAAACUUCUCAUGGGGGGCUUGAUCAAGCGCAAGAAUAGAAGUAUGCCGGAUUUGACCGACACGAACGGUGACAACGAAAAACCGAGUUCGAGCGUGGAUGACAGCUCCGUGGGGCUGAAGGGGGCGGAAACUGCGUCCACGAUGUGUGGGUACUUGUCAGAAGGUCACUUGGAGUUCACAGGGAGUACGAAUCCAAACUUGGAACGAAGCAAGUUGAUGCGGAAAAGCUUCCAUGGUAGUGCUGGGAAGAUUUUGACAGCUGCGAAAGUACCGCCACCUCCGCCGCUCCGUACCACUUCGCAGCUUAGUAGUGCUAAGUUGAAUGAAAGUUUCGACAAGGGCGAGAGGUUGCAAUUUCCUGGGCACUACUACAAUGUGACGCCAGUUUCUCUACCCUACUCUUACCCCGACCAUUUGAUGUACCAUACCCCGAGUUCGAACAUGGUGGUGACUCGAGCAGAUGUUCACCAGGAAGAAGAUCGUACGAAGCAGUUGGAUGUUGACGAAGUUGAUUGUGCGCCUUCACAUUUGGAACUACCGCCGUAUCCGAGUCCGUUAGGGUCUGCAAUCCAUUCGCGACAGGCGAGUGAGGAGUUUCCGCCUCCACCGCCCCCACUAGAUUUGUCAGCGCUAGACGAACAUCUCAAGGAACCGUCGCCGCCGCCGACCCCGUCACCGGGGAGUCUAUUGGCACAACUACAAAAUAAACGUCUGGAAAUACUAGCCCAGGAGUCUGAGGUUAAGUUAGAACCUCUAAAAUCAUCAGGUGAUACCUGGUUGAAGGAACUGCAAGCGAAGCAAGCAGCGUUGCGUAUGAAAAAACAGACGGAGGUUCAAAAUGUGGAACAGAAGUAUCCGCAUGAUGAGAGUAAGGUGACUUCGGUUAAAGAUUUGGCGACGAAAUUUGAAAGCAUACAAGUACAACCGGUUGAGAACAUAGCCCGAACUGUCCCCACGAAGAAAAGAGACGAGGAAAGUGUAGUACCUGAAAUUGAAGACGGAAAAGAAGAAGAGAACAAGAAAACGAAAUUAGGAAAGAAGAAGAGUGUGUCGUUUUGCGAUCAAGUAAUUUUAGUAGCCACUGCCGAAGAACAGGAAGAUGAUAGUUAUAUUCCUAACCCCAUUCUUGAACGAGUUCUGCGAUCAGCGAUGAACAAACCAGAAACAGCUGCUAUUAGGCAAGAAAUUCGAACUUUGAGGCAAGAGGUCGCCCCCGAAAUACCUCUCAAUGACACAGUAGACGAAUAUGCCCCCUAUCCUUUGUAUGUUCGGAGAAACUCAGUUGAUAAUCUUCUCAAGCAAAGCUCACCACUUCCAGAGCCCGAAACUUACAAUGGUUACGACCGCCAGUUGUACGGUACAAGUCCACAAACUCUCUACCGCCAGUCCCCCUAUCAACGAGUCCCCACUUACCCCUACAACCCCGUUCCACCGCAAAACUAUCCUCAAAAUUACGCACCUCCGCCUCAACAAUACAGACCUCAAACCACACCCACUUACUACCCCCCUCAAGAAUACAACCCCACUUAUCCACCAAUCCGACAGUCUCCUAAUCUUCACCAGUAUCCCGUUUACCAACACCCGCCAUCCCCGUCGCCUUCUAACCACUCCUACCAACAAAAUUUGUACGCGCGACAGAACUACAGAGCUACGCCUCCAGAAUGCGAACCGCCCACUAACUACUCCCCCUAUCAACCCGUUUCUAAUCAUUAUUAUCAAGAGGCCCGGGUUCCCCCUCCUCACAUGGAAGAACCAAUCAACUACCAGCAGAAAUAUUCACCGUAUCAACAUGUCCUUCCUCCGAAACAAUUGUUGAAGAAAACUGUCAGUUUCGAGCCGGGGACGAAAGGCGGUGCCGAAUCCCCCACUCCAAAGGCGGUCGUUACGCCCAUUAUUGUAAACAACGCCAAUAAUAGCGUGCCAAGUGGAAAAACGAAGUGUAAUUUGUGCAGGAAGAAGGCGGUAGUUUCCUCGAAUUUGUAUUGUACAGACUGUGAGUUUUACAUGUCGAGGUUUAAGCCGAAAAGGUAGUGAGGAAAGAGAAAAAGUUGCAAAGAAAUGUGAUACUUUGGAUGCAAUUAUUUAUUUUGAUCUCAUUGGUUGAGUGGGCUGAGGCUGGCAUAAUUACUGAGUAAUUGUAUAAAAUUGAAUCUCUAAGGGACGUUUUUGUAUAUAUUAUUGUGUAAUGUUUUAUAUUACAUGUUGCGUGAAAUUUCUUUACAAAUUAUAAAUAAAUAACUUAUUUUGUAUUUUUUA